AAAUUUAACAAACCCUUGACCCUCAACAUGGAUUAUACUACUAGUAAAAUGAAGAACAAGUCAGAAAAGCAGAACCGACUUUCCCUCCAAUAAAUAUAUAUGUAUUUAAUUCUGUAAGCAGCCAGCAGCUAUAUAUACAUAGAAGUAGGUCUUCAUCUUCUUCAGUAGUAUUCAGUGCCACCAGAAAUUCAAUAAUAGCAGUUUUAACUAACUUUUCCCUCCUCUUUCUCAGUUUUUAUUUAAAGUUGUCUUAAUUAGAAGACAGUUACCCUACCAAAAAAAAAAAAAAAAAUACUCCUCAAAUUCAGAAAGAAAAACUAGCAAAAACCCACCCAAAUCAAAAGUAUCAGCUUAACCACUCCAACAAAUUAGCCUACACGUUCACUCCAAAUCAAACAAAAACCUCUUGAUUUCACUACUCACCUGCAACACCAACAAUAACAACACCACCAACAACAACUGAUCCACAUGAAAAUCCUUCCUACUCCUCAACCUAAAUUCCUUUCAAAUACUUAAUUUUAGUCCCUUGUAAACGCAAAACAAGUAGAAGAAAAUAAACCGUUGAUCGAAUUCGAUGUCGGGACGGAUUCAGGCGGCAGCUGCGGUGGCGGAAACGGUGUCGUGGUACUGCGCCUUGUUGUUGGCGGUAAUGUUGGUUUUGAGUUGCUGUGAUUCAGCUGACAAUGAAUUUGAUCAUCAUCGUCAAUUCCACAGAAACGACGAGGUAGUAAUGCUGACGAGGGAGCGGCCGUGUGAUGAGAUUUAUGUGGUAAGAGAAGGGGAGACUCUGCAUACCAUCAGUGAAAAAUGCGGGGAUCCGUUUAUCGUGGAAGAGAACCCACACAUUCACGACCCGGAUGAUGUUUUCCCUGGAUUAGUCAUCAAGAUCACCCCUUUCAAACAUAGUUAGGCCUAAUAAUAAUUAAGAAAAACGUUUGUACUUCUCUGUUUAUUAGUACAUAACUCUUUCUUCACAUUUUAAUAGCUAGCUGGUAAAGCUCCGGCCUUCUCUGUUUUGGCCUGAGUUUCUUGUUCUUUUUUUUUUUUUUUUUGGCAUUGAAAAUCUCAUAUGAAUAUGAUGAAAUCAAACUUCGAGUUUCUCCCCGUCUCAGUUGUUGCUUUAUUUUUCUCCAUUUUGCUGCAGAAAUUUGGAAGAUUAACCGUUUUUUAACCGAAUCCGUCAUGGCAGCAUGAUGGUGGGUAAUUUUUAUUUUUGGGGACUCAUACGUCAAUUUUAAGAUCUUAUUAUUGGUUAAUUAUUAGUGUGGCUUAUGAUGUUUCCUCUGAAGACUGUGAUGGGCUCCCAACUAUAUGGGCCAAAGCCCAAGUAAUUAAGUAAGUUUGACCCAACUUAUGUUUUGUCAUCAGCCUAAGGUUUAAGUCCACUAAAAGGUAGUAAAAUGCAGCCAAAAUAAGGAGUGCGUGCUAUUUAUGGGAACAAGAACCGAAGAUAGAGAGAGGGAGCUGAAAAUUUCCAACAAGGGUUCCACUGUAACAGCUUCUGAAUUCUUCAAGGUUGGAGAGGCAAUCUUUAUCCGUUAGUCCUGAAAUUUGGACUGACUCAUCGAUCUUCAUUUCCACUAAAGGGUUUUAGUGUUCGUCGGAUAGAUUGUGACUAUUGUAUUUUUGAAGUUACUGAUAGUUUUGUGGAUGUUUAAUUGAUCUUUUGAUCUUGUAUUGAUAUUUUAGUGCCUUUGUAGCUUGGUUUAGCUUAGGUGAGGACUAGAUAUCCUUAUUGUAUUGUUGGACUGGUGUACUCCUACUCUUAUUUGGUGAUAGUGGAUUUGAUA